AAUUCAAGCUAAGUCCCGCCUUUCCCCGGUGUCUAAGCCAAUGAUUCGUCACCAAACAAUGAGGAAGAAGGUUUUGUUUUUAAGAAUUGAACUUACCGGUCAGACACACGGCUUUGUAGAGGCAGGAUGGCGAACGCAGUCACCAAGGAAAUCUCCUAUGAGGAUCUGAAGGCGCUUCUGGGAAAGAGCCAGAAUCUCCUCCUGGUUGACGUCCGCAAUAAAGACGAAGUGGAUAAAGGACGUAUUCCAGGAUCCAUUAACAUCCCAGUUAAUGCAGUGGGAGAUGCCUUUUCAUUGGAGCCAGAAGAAUUUAAGGCCAAGUAUGGAGUAACCAAGCCGCCGCUGGACGCCCCAGAGCUGGUGUUUCACUGCCAGAUGGGCAGGCGAGGGCAAAUGGCCACAAACAAGGCUCAUGAGCUGGGAUACGUGAAUGCCCGCAAUUAUACUGGAGGAUACAAGGAGUGGUCUGAGAAGGAGGGGAAGUAAUUCGUGCUGAAGGAAUUUUUAUAGAAAAUAGCAAUCGUGAAAGCUUGACAGACAAAAUAGAGAAACAUUUAGGUGUUUUUAUUUGUUAUAUUUUGAUACUGUUUCGUUUUCAUACUGUGCCAUUGUGUUUAAAAUGUAUGAAUUAAUAUAAAUAAAAUUAUGUUAUUUACACUGAA